CUUGGUCAAGUACUUCAGCUGUCAUUCUUGCUCAAACUCGUCGUGGUCGACAGUCGUGUCUGCCAGCAUGGGUUUAAUCACAGGGCUCUGUACUUUCUUGUACCAUUUACCACAGAUAUACAAAUGGCUGCUGAAGCCGUAUUAUAUCGGUUCGUUCCUCAUGACCGUCGCCUUUCUGGUGGUCCGAAAGGCUCCCGGUCUGUGCGAGCACCUGGCGAGCCAGCGGGAGGACGGCAACUCCUGCGACUUUGACUGGAGGGAAUUGGAGAUUCUCAUGUUUCUCAGUGCAAUAGUGAUGAUGAAGAACAGGAGAGCAAUCACACUGGAGCAGCACAUAGGCAACUUGUUCCUGUUCAGCAAAGUGGCCAACGUCAUCCUCUUCUUCAGGCUGGACAUUCGGCUCGGCAUCCUGUACCUGUCGCUGUGUGUCGCAUUCGUCAUGACCUGUAAGCCGCCUCUCUACAUGGGCCCAGAGUACAUCACAUACUUCAGUGACAAGACCAUAGAUGAGGAGCUGCAGAAAGACAGCCGUGUCACCUGGAUUGUUGAAUUCUACGCCAACUGGUCCUCUGACUGCCAGUGUUUCGCUCCCGUCUUUGCAGACCUUUCUCUCAAGUACAACUGUGCUGGCCUCAGGUUUGGGAAGGUGGACAUCGGACGCUAUGGAGAGGUUUCACAGACGUACAAGGUUAGCACUUCUCCUCUGGCGAAGCAGCUGCCCUCAUUGGUGCUUUUCCAAGGAGGUCGGGAAAUUAUGAGACGUCCAAUGGUGGACAAUAAAGGGAGAGCUGUAUCUUGGACCUUCAAUGAGGAGAACAUUAUCCGAGAGUUUAACCUCAACGAGCUCUUCCAGAAAUCCAAAAAGCUAAACAAGGGUCGAGGUUUGAAGGAAGAGGAGCAGAACGGCUCUCAGUAUGAGGAAGGCAGCAACGAGCUCCCUCCUGAAACCAACAACCCAGAGCAGCCCACGGAGAGCAAGAAGGACCAGUGAAGAGAAUGUCUGAGAGGGGCUGCACAAAGUCUGUCCUGUUCUUAUGACAAUGCCAUGCCUUACAUUACUGCAACAUCCAGCAUAUUAAGGAUCGGAGAGAGGAAAUUAGAUUCAACCACUACUAGAUGUCAACUCUACGCAAAGUCUUUACUGUGGCAAAUAAAUACCCAAAAAAGCUGGACCAGCUGGAGGUUUUCCUUGUCUGACUGGAUGUGAUGCAGUGCGACUUGAACGCAGCCACGCCAAAGCUGAGCAAUGAUUAGGGGACAUUUUAUUACAGACCGUAAGUUAUUUGAGAACAAAUGCCUUUUUUGUAAUGAUUGUUUUUUGCCUACUUUCAGCAACAUCUCAUCACUGCAUGUGAACUGCUGCCUGUAUUUUGCAACUUGAGUGUUUACUGAUGUCUCAUAUUUCAAAGCCAAAGCAAAAGGUGAGAGCUAAAACGGAAAUAAAAAAAAACCAAAAACAUUGUGCACAAUUGAGAUUCAUGACACUUUCAGUUUUUCAUCAGUUUGACCUUUUUAUUCUGAGAAGACAUCUUUUUAAAAAUUCUUUAUAAGGCCAUUUUGGAAAUGUAUUUAAUGUACUCGUUACAGAUAUUUGUGAAACUCGUUCCAUUCAUCACAGCCCACAAUAGCAAUAUUUUAUCUCACAUAGAAGGAUACUUACUCUACCCACAUAAUUUCAAAUUGUUCAGUGGCCACCAUCUUUGGCCAGAGCAGGAAGAAAGGUAACACAGGUUCUCUCAAUCUCCAUACGAGGGCUGCUUGUGCCAUUAAUGAUGCUUCUUUUCUUGUUUCCACCCACACAUGAACCAGGUGGGCAUUUGACAAUAUUCUCACAAGUAUGCACGCCAGUAAAGCAUUCAGCACGACAAACAAAAAUCACAUGCACACCAAAGACAUAGCCUGGGAGGGUUGAAAACUCGUAACACUGUCAUUUGGGUUAAAUGAUGAUACUUGUGUGCUUCAAGUGUGUACUUUUCCCCCAAAGACGUGCUACAUUCAGCCAGCUUUGACAUUCUACUGCAAAUACUACUGUGGGCCUUGAUAGAAAAAAAAUUAAAAAAAUAAAACCUUUACUGCAAUGCCCAAUCAUGAAAGACACAAACUGAAAUACACACUUCCCUUCCUCUAAUUGCUCUUUUCUCAACAUGAAUUGAGUUUUAAAAAGAGAACGGUACCUUUACAGAAGUUUUU